AUGCCCCCAGGCUGGGGCCGGAUGAAAAUCCAUGUGCUGCUGCCAGAGCUGCGGGCAGCCACGGCAGAAGAGGCUGCCUACUGGCCCUCAGUCUGCAUGCUGGGCCUCUGCAUCCUGUGGGGUAGCAGCCUGCAGGCCGGCCUGGCCCUGCUCUCCACGGCCCAGUGGGCCUACCGCAGCCUGGCUGACUUCCACCACGAGAAGAGCAAGGCGGUGAAACUGCUCCUGCGGGCUGUGCUGCAGCAGGUGGUAGUAUCCCUGCUGGCCUGCUGCCUGGACAGGCUGCAGGUGGCCAUGGGGCAGGUGGCUCGAGCCAUGCAGUGCAGUGGCCUGCAGCCCUUGGAGUGGACAACCUCUGAAGACCUGAAUGCAGUCACCGCUGUCCUCCCAGCCACUGCCGUCCCCUUUAGCCGUUGCUUCCACGGGCCCGAGCCAGCCCCCAAGAGCAGGCUCUCGCCAGCCUGCAUCAGCCUGUGCCUAGUGGUUGGGGAUGAGGAGGCCAGUGAGGCAAAAGGAGGCUGUGGCUUCGGGGCGACAGGCAUGCCCAUUAGCACCAGGUUCCAGAGCGGGCUGGUACUGGCUGGGGGCUGGGACCGGGCUGGGCCCUGCCUAGAUCUCACACCUGCUUCCACCUCGCAGGUCUUCUCCAUCGUGGUGUUUGGCUCCAUUGUGAAUGAGGGCUACCUCAACAGCCCCGACGAGGCUGAGGAGGGCAAGGAGUUCUGCAUCUACAACCGCAACCCCAAUGCCUGCAGCUACGGUGUGACUGUGGGUGUGCUGGCCUUUCUCACCUGCCUGCUCUACCUGGCCCUGGAUGUGUACUUCCCACAGAUCAGCAGUGUCAAGGAUCGAAAGAAGGCCGUCCUGUCGGACAUUGGUGUCUCGGCCUUCUGGGCCUUCCUCUGGUUCGUGGGCUUCUGCUUCCUGGCCAACCAGUGGCAGGUCUCCAAGCCCAAGGACAACCCGCUGAACGAAGGGACUGACGCGGCCCGGGCGGCCAUCACCUUCUCCUUCUUCUCCAUCUUCACUUGGGUGGGCCAGGCUGUGCUGGCCUUCCAGCGGUACCAGAUUGGCGCCGACUCAGCCCUCUUCUCCCAGGACUACAUGGACCCCAGCCAGGACUCCAGCAUGCCUUACGCCCCCUACGUGGAGCCCAGCGCUGGGCCAGACCCUGCCGGCAUGGGCGGCACCUACCAGCAGCCAGCCAACGCCUUCGACACCGAGCCCCAGGGCUACCAGUCACAGGGCUACUGAGCCUCAGUGACCGCCUGCCCCUGCCUGCCCCUGCCCCACCUACCCCAAGCCCCUCCCUCCACAGCCAGCUCCCUGCUCCCGCCCAGGCCGCCCUGCCCAGUGCCUCCUUAGCCUCGGAGUUGUCACACUGAGUUCCAGCGGGGCUCAGGGUGGGGUGCAGGCAGCAAGGUGUUGGGGAGGUGUCUGUGUGUGUACAAGUAUGUCCAAGGGCAUGUGCCCAGCAGGGGCUUGGAGGGUGGUGACUAGGGGUGCUUGCAUUCAUUCAUUGCAUCACUGAGCAUUCAGUGAGCACCUACUGUGUCAGGCCUGUGCUUGGUACACAGGUGAUGAAGGAGGCAG